GAGGGAUCAGAUUUAAUAAGGGGUCUUCUCGCCCCUCAGACCACGACCUGCCAUGGCCAUUUCCUCCGCCGGCCGGAAAGAGCGUUGCGAGUAUGAGCUACAAGGCGGGCAUAGAGGCAAGGCUGAAGCUGAAGCCCUGAGCCAUGUUAGGAGGCCACUACAGAUGAGCAGAAAUCUGCAGGAAAGUGAAGGUGGGCAGUUGGCAUUGGACUGAAGGAGCCUUAUUAGGUGGGAUUUCGAUGUGGGUAGGAGAGAUUUGACUGCUUUUCUAGGAAGCUCUUGCAGGAGAUUGAUCAUUUUGAUGGAUGGGAGAGGAUUGUAUGAUGGUUUGGUGGGGAGAACAUCUCGGAAGAUCUGUAACUUCCGGUCGGUGAAAUGGAUCGGGGAGAAAGGCGAAUGGUUGGGCCUGGAUUUGGGAGGACGGUAUAGGGAGUGAGGUCUCCGAUCAUUGCAGAGAUCCGGCCGGCUUACUGUAGGCAGAGUGGGCAGCGGAUGUCGUGCUCCAGCGUCGAUGAGGGACUAUUAAGUUGUGAGUUCUCACCCGUUUGCUUCUUUCCUCUUAAAUCUUGGUUCUUUAAACCUCAACUCUUCUUUCUCGGAGUGUUGCAACUCUUCUUUUGUUGGAGCGUUUCCUCUUAAGAGAGCUAGAAAAGUUAUACAUCGAAAACGAGUAGAGCAUACAGAUAGAGAGGUAACGACAUUAAUCUUGAAUCGCAUAAUACCAGCAAGCCACUGCUAACUUGUCCCAGCUCAUCUAACACUAGACCCAGAUAACUUUUUCAAAAUGAUAAUACCGUGGAUGAAAUUCUCAAGUAUUUUUUUACCAAAGACAAGUAGAAGCAUGGGGAUGCACUUGCAGUAAGAAUAGAGACGACAGAGACUCCAUUAAAGGGCAAAGCCUGCAGUUGGGCGAUCACUCUCCCCACAUAGCUGAGGUUGGUUGAGCUAACAACCCUUCAACUGAUCUUGUUGCUUUAAUGAUUUUACUGCAGCGGACCAACCAAAAGGAGAAGGGCAACAGCAAAAGCAGAAAAAAAUAAAGAACUCCUUUUCUUAUAAUUUAAUGCUUAUCUUUUGCUUCUCCUUCACAUAAUUGCACCCUGUGUCCCCUGCUGCUGGUAAUAAAUACAGAGCCACCAAUCCAGAUCUAAGGCAGAGGCCCUCCUCCUCCUCUGCCUGACCUCUUGCUUCCAUGGCUUCCAUUCUGGUGAUAGUGACUGUCAUAUUGUUGGACGUGAUCGCUUUGGGGCUUGCUGCUGCCGCAGAACAAAGAAGAAGCCAUGCUCAGAUUGUUUCGGAUCCCACUGGUUCUUACACCUACUGCGCGUACGGCUCUGAUAUUGCGACUGGAUACGGGGUAGGGGCGCUGUUGGUCCUCUUGGGGAGCCAAGCUUUGGUCAUGGCGUCUAGCAGCUGCUUCUGCUGCGGGAAAGGGCUGAGGCCCAGCGGGGCUCGUGCCUGUGCCAUGAUCUUGUUUAUUACCUGCUGGAUCACAUUUAUCAUUGCGGAGGCAUGUCUGCUAGCCGGCUCGGUGAGAAAUGCAUACCACACCAAGUACAGGGCUAAUCUCAACAUGGGGAACCUCUCAUGUGAGACCAUCAGGAAAGGCGUCUUCGCCGCCGGCGCCGCCUUCACCUUCUUCACCUGCAUUCUCAGCAUCUUCUACUACCAUUUCUACUCCAAGGCCAAAGGGAGCCUUGGCUCCCCUGCCAAGGACACUGGCAUAGGAAUGAGAAGCUACACUUGAUGAUCCCAAUGUAUCGAUCACUGUGUUGUACUGUCAAUUACAUACAGUUUUCAUGCUUGGUCUUGUGUAUAUGGCUGAUUCAAUUGUUUAGUUUGGAAGAAGUUCGCAUCUCUCUGUCUGAUAAAGCGUUUGAUUUUGGUUGCA